CCUAGGGUUCCUUGCUCCCUCCAGGUUGUGACGUGACGAGGGAGAGGAUUUCGGUGGCGAUGGCACUGGCGUUUCUUCUUCUCGCCCUGGCGCUGCUCGGCAUAUCGAUCGUCACGCGAGGCAAUGGCGCGCUAGAAUCGGUGCCCGACCUGGAGAGAGCUAUGUACAGAGUCAUACAAGGCUCACCGUGUGUGCGUUUGUUGAGCAUGCAGGGCGAAUCCGGCUGUGCCAAUCCGGGAAGAGAUAAAAUCGUUGCUCCAUUACAGCGGCUCACGAAGCUCGAGUUCAAAACCAAAGGAGCAGUGGCGGUGCUCUUGCCAUACUCUCUCUUUCACUCGUUUCUAGACAAGACGUUACACGAUCCUUCUUUUGCAGCGCAAGUAGCAGGUGCUUUAGUAGAGUUUGCGGACAAUGCGAAUCGGAGUGUGAACUCAAACCCCGACUCAAAGUUCCCGCUGGCAGAAUUCGCUCCUUACAGUAACAAGACAUACCAAUGGAAUCCAUUGGGGACAGAUGUUCUCCAAAAACGUUACAACUUUCCAGUAUAUCUUCUUUCCCCAGAAAGCACCAGAGGUUUACGAGAGAUUGCAGCCGAGAACGAAGCAAGGAAUGCCAAAUACCCCCUCCAAGUGGCUGAAUUCGAUGUGGUCAUGCAGACCACCAAAUCGGGAACGCACACGUCGGAGUCAUGUCUAAAAGAAGGUUCUUGUUUGCCUCUUGGAGGGUACAGCAUCUUGUCGUCAUUCUCUUCAAUAACCUCGAAGCCAACUCUACUCGUAUUGGCGGCCAUGGACUCCAUUUCUUUCUUUCGGGACUUCACACCAGGAGCCGAUUCUCCUCUUUCUGGCUUGAUCUCUCUUCUUGCGGCUGUCGAUGCUCUGUCAAAGGCCGACGGGAUUCACAAUGCCACCAAACAGGUGGUUUUUCUAGUAUGUAAUGGUGAGGCCUGGGGCUAUCUUGGCAGUCGGAGAUUUCUCUUUGAGCUUGAAUAUGGAGGGGGCUCAGCUUUCGGUUUCAACAUGUCACAUAUUGAUCAGAUUUUAGAGAUCGGAUCUGUGGGGCAAGCGGUGGAGAAAACAUUUUACGGCCACGUUCAAGAUAAGCACGCCUCUGCUUCGACCAAGGAGAUUGUAGCUAGUCUUAAACGCUCGGCUGAAAGUGUUAACGCUCAAAUCACAACUGCAAGCAGUGAAAACCCCGGGAUACCUCCCUCGUCUAUGAUGUCAUUUGUACAGAAGAGUGACUCCCUCACUGGAGUGCUUCUCGAGGAGUUCGAUACUAGCUUCAAGAACAAGUUUUAUCAUAGUCUUUUUGAUAAUGCUGACAAUUUGAAUCCCGAGUCUAUUGUAGCUGCAUCCUCCAUCGUGGCUCGAGCUAUAUAUCAGCUCGCGAUGGGUGAUAGCUCCGCUAAACUUGACUCCGUUGCUGUCAACAGUUCGCUGGUCAAGGAUCUCAUCAGCUGCCUUUUGACGCCAGAUCCAGGAAUGAAUUGUCCGCUGGUGACGGGCUUUAUCACGCCAGCUCAACCGGUUUCAAACCACUACGUGGGUGUUGUCACCGGAGCUCCAUCUCCUACGCCUUCCGAUGAUCUUCUUGACGACACCACCAGAUUCAUCUGGAACUUUUUAGCUGAUCGCACAAGGAGGCUCGACGCCGGUGAGUGUUCGAAGGACUGUAAGGGGCAGGACCAAGUCUGCGUUGGUGCGACUGGACAAGGCAGAGGUUCCUGCGUGGUCUCUACAACCAGGUACGUACCGGCAUACUCGACUCGUUUGCGCUACAAAUCUGGCAACUGGGAGCUCCUUCCCGUGGGAAGCGGCGACUUUAUGGACAGCAUCGAUCCUGUGUGGACGGAGAGCUUUUGGAAGAGCUUGACACUGCGAGUGUACCAGCAAGAGAGGCCCUCCCUCAAUGGAAUGCUCCUGCUGGCUGGCUGCAGCGUUACUGUAGCGUCGGCAGUCUCCAUUUUGGCAACUCGGGCGCUCUUCCGGAAGCGACUCAAGAGCGCAUGAGCUGUACGUGAGCCGAGAAGGUCAAAGCUCUCCGUCCGUGGUUUAGUCCAGUGAGCUAAGCAAAUUUCCUUCGUUUCCGCU